AUGCUCUCCAGACCUGAGGAUAUACAACUAUCUUACAAAGACGGCAUCCCUCGGCUUACGACGAACUGGGCAAGCAGAAUCUCUUCACGAUACCCUACUCACCUUUCUGCAUCCAACGUGAAAUCGCUCAUUGCGCCUUCUGGCUUUUCUGAUGAAUGGCCAUACGAUCUCGAUGACGAAGAAGCUAAACCUCCCCCAGAUCCGACCUUGAGUGACACUCACGCCGCCUGGGCGCCCUACAUGAAUGCGUUGACAAACGACCAGGUGGAGCUCAGAGCAAGAAUUGCUGCUGUUAUCAAACAAGUGGAACAAGUUGGUAUGCCGGUGAUCUCAAAUUCCGAAGAUUAUACAGAAGAGCAAAGAGAACAAUUGACAAAAUUAUAUUCGAGUUUAUAUCUACUUUCGGAAUACACGAACUGUCUCACGAGAGCGGCCGAGAGCAUUGCUCACAUCAGUCAAGGCUAUUUCGGUUGGACACCAUUGAUGAAAUCCCUUCAAGAUAGCCUGAAGUCUGGUGUGGUUUUGCCCGGCCCCGACGAAGGAAAGCAGCAAACAUCCGCGAAGAAGGAGGAAGAUCCACAAGCUGAAUCAUCCACUCGAGUAACAACAAAGAGUAGGCGGAAAGGUAAAAACAAGAAAGACAAGAUAACAACCUUGAAAUCUCAAGCUGAAUCAAGUGUUUUUGGUGGUCGUUUGACAGACCGAGCAAUAGAAGAAUUGAUGACGCUUAGUUUGACAGCGCAAGCUAUUCAGGAUCAUAUGACCAUUACUCAAGUAAUGGAGAGGGUUCAGCAGAUCAUGCUUGAUCAAUCUUCGUAUGGACCGAAAACAGUGGAAGACGCUAUGAAGUGGAUAGAGGGAGGUUCCACUGGAGACCAAAAGAGUACCACUGGAAGGAACACUGGGAAAAGGAGAAGGCAGAAGACUUCAAAGGCGACCAGUAAAGUGGAUGAGGAAACAGUCAGUCAUCCUUCGGAGGAAACAACCAAGGAAGGGAGCAAAGGGACCGCAGUACCUGAGGAUGCAGAGGAUACAGACACGAUCACCGACAUCGACGUUAAGGACUCCGUCAACACUCCAACUCAGUCAAGUGCUGAAAAUACCAAGGAACAUGGAGGUAGUAUUCCUGCUGAAGAAGACCCUCAAGCUCACAGUCGAUGGGAUGAGGAAUAUGACUCCGAAUCUCAGCAUAACGUGGAGAACACUGCGGAAGAGGGAGAAUGGCAGGUUCCAAAGAAACGGACCCGUCGUCCUGUCUCAAAAACCAACGUCUCGAACUAUACGACUCGUGGUGGACAGGACCCACCAACUGGGGGAAAGAAGACUUUGGUCUCGCGACCAAAGAAUGUGGUAACUACCAGGAGUUUCGCUUCUGUUUCCAGUCCGUCCCCCCGAAGCUGGAGGGAAAUGAAGGAGAGUGAAGUACCAAAGAUUAUCGAUCCGGGUUAUGAGAGGAGUGAGUGGGAUCAGUUUAGGUCAACUCAAGGAGGUGUUGAGGAAUUUCCUAGUUUGUAA